AUGGAUGAGUUCUUUGUUAAUGUCUCGAAUUCUCUAAUUCUAAAUUCUGAAGAAAAUAUUGUUUUUAAUUAUGAGAUUGUUUCUGUUGAGUCUCUGGUUACCAUAAGUCUUCUUCUUUGUCAUCACACCAUCUGUCAUUAUAAUUGUCCUUCCCUUAUGAAAACUCUUUCUGAAAUCUGGUCAUCACAGUGUCGAUUCCCAGUUGUUGUCUCUGAUCAUGUUGAUGGUUUAUUUCUUGUUACUUUUGGGUGUGAGGGUGAUAAAGGUAGGAUCUUAGAGGGACAACCAUGGCACUUUGCUCAAAGUGUCACGGUUUUUGCUGCUCCUGAUAGUGCUUUUCCUAUUCUUCUGGAGCAACUCCAUUAUGUUCCUUUCUGGGUUCAAGUUUAUGGGAUUCCUUUUAUGUGUAAGUCUCAUGAACUUGCUAAGUUCAUUGCUUCUGAGAUUGGUGAUCUGGUUGAGGUUGAUCAAUCCACUGUCAGGGAGGGUACUAGGCAAUAUCUUAGGAUUCGUGUUUUGCUUGAUGUUAACUUACCCAUUAGGAGAGGUUUGAAUGUUAGAUUUAUCAAGUCCACUAUCGGUAAGGAUCUUGUUGAGGCUGUGCUUGAUUGUCUUAAUAAUGGUCAAGAUUUUUCUUCCAUUAAUAAUACUUUGAUUGCUCUUAUUCCCAAGAAGCAGCAUGCUCAUUCUAUUCAGUAUUUUAGGCCCAUUAGUUUGUGCAAUACCCUUUAUAAAUUCAUUUCUAAGGUCUUAGCUAAUCACUUAAAAAUUGUUUUAGACAAGGUUGUUUCCCCUUCUCAAAGUGCUUUUGUUUCUGGGAGAGUAAUUUUUGAUAAUAUUCUUCUUCCACAAGAGGUUGUCCAUGCUAUUAAUACUAGGAAGCAUGGCAGGAUGGGGUGGGUUGCGCUUAAACUUGAUAUGGCUAAGGCUUUUGACAGGGUUGAGUGGCAUUUUUUGAGGAGCAUUAUGUCUCAUUUUAAUUUUCCUCAAAAUUUUGUGUCUCUUAUUAUGAAGUGUAUCUCUACUACAGAAAUUUCUUUUUUGAUCAAUGAUACUGUCCAUGGGUUAUCUUCUUUACUUAGAGCUUAUCAGGAUAGCAAUAGGUUAAAAGGUAUAUCUAUCUCUCGUAGAGCUCCUUCUUUAACACAUUUAUUGUUCGCGAAUGAUAGUCUCAUCUUUUAUGCUGCUAGUAGAGACUCUUGUGUUGCUCUUAGGGAUAUCUUUGCUAUAUAUACUAAAGUUUUAGGACAAGCUAUUAAUUUCCAUAAAUCUUCUAUUUUGUUCUCUCCUAAUGUCUCUGUUCAGAUUAAGGAUCUUUUUCUUACUAAUCUAAAUCUUCAAGAUAGACCUUUUAUUAGUAAGUAUUUAGGUUUGCCUCAAUUUCUAUCUAGGUCAAAGCAUCACUCUUUCUCUUUUCUUAAGGAUAGAGUUUCCCUUGUUCUUCAUUCACGACAUUCUAAAUGUUUUUCUAAGGUUGGGAAGGAAAUCCUUCUUAAAGUUGUUAUUCAAGCUAUUCCUGCUUAUGGGAUGGCUUGCUUUUGGCUGCCUGUCAAGCUUUGUAAAGAAAUUGAGGGUGUGAUGGCUAGAUUUUGGUGGGGCUCUUCAGGGGAUUCUAGGAAAAUACAUUGGAAAAAUUGGCAAUCUCUUUGUCGUUCAAAAUUUGUUGGGGAUUUGGGUUUUAGGUCUCUUAUCCAUUUUAACCAAGCUAUGCUUGCUAAGCAGGCUUGGUGUAUUUUCACUCAACUUGAUUCUUUGUUGAGUCUUACUCUUAAAGCUAGGCUUAAUUCAUGUUUUGAUGCUUCUACUGUCAAUGAUAUUUUGAAAGUUAUUUUCUCUGGACUUGAUGGUAAAGAUGAGCAAAUUUGGGGGAGGGAUAAUUCUGGGCUUUUUAUUGCUAAAAUUUGGCAUGCAAAUGUUCCUCCUAAAGUUAAACAUUUUGUGUGGAGAAUUGUUUCAAAUUCUAUACCUGUGGCUAUCUUACUUUUCCAAAGGCAUAUUAUUCCUUCUCACUUAUGCCCCUUGUGUAAGAAUCAUCCUGAAACAAUUCUGCAUGCUUUGCUUGAGUGUUCUAGAGCCAGGAAAGCUUGGAAAGCUUCAAACUUUGCUCAUUUUUACUUGCAAAAUAAACACUGGGAUAUUACGUAUUUUAUUACUAAUGUUUUUUCAAGUUUGGGUAAAGGUUCUGCAGAUAUUGUGUUGUGUUUCUUAUGGACAAUUUGGAAUCAAAGGAACAAUGCUUUCUUUAAUCGUUUUGUUCUUGAUCCAAAAGAAAUGUUUGCCUGGUGUCAAAACUUUCUCCAGUAUUUGGAUGCUCAGCAGAAGAGAAUUGCUCUUCGUGAUCAGUGUGAUCAGGAUCCUUCUGAAGUCGUGGUUGCAGGGUUGGUUAAGCCAGUUUCCGGUUUAGUUGCCCCUGUAGUAGCUGAAGCCAAGGCUAUUUCUCUUGCGGUCACAUGGACUAAACUGAUUAAGUUGCAUGUCCAAUCCUUUCAUACUGAUUGUAAGAGUAUUGUAGAUAAGCUUAAUAAUUGUAAUUGGAACAGUAGUGUUUGUGAUGAUUUGCUUGUAGAUGUUAAAAACUCUUUGUCCUUUAGUCCUAACCCUAGAGUUGUGUUUGUUAAUAGGGAUUUGAAUACUCAUGCUCACAAUUUAGCAAAGUUAGGCUUAGGAUUAGAUAAAGAGUUGUUGUGGAAUGGUUCUUUACUUUCUUUGUAA